AUGAAGAAGAGAAAGUCGAGUGAGACUGCUAAGCCAGAAGGAGACCCACCUAUCCACCAAGUUUUCAAGACUCUACGUUCCUCUGUUAAGCAACAAGGAACUACUGCUGCUCAAGCUACUUCUGCACCAGCCCCCUCUGCCAGAAAAGGGAAACCUACCACAAGGUCAAGAGGUCGAAGUGUAACUCCGGAGGUUCCACCUAUUGAAGGAAUUGAUACCACUGUUUACAAACCUCAGUUUGUAUCCCCUGUUGCACAAACAAAAUGGGCCACUAUGGUCAGAAGGGAGCUGAUUGUUCAAAGAACUGUGGAUGAGAAUCAACUGAACUCCGUUUGCGACAUCCUGCCCUUGCUGAAUGAAGUUGGUCUUUUGAAAACUGUUACAGAUGUUUGCCCUUACUCCAAGCUGCUCACAUAUGAGUUCUAUUGCAAUCUCAGUGAUGAGAUUAACAGUCUCACAGGGCCACGACCGAUGCAAAUCUUCAUCAGAGGGAACUGGUAUGAGUUUGGGCCAGAUGUGAUAAAUAAAUACUAUGGCUUGCCUACAGUGCAAGAAGAAGCUGUUACUGAAUGGGACGUGGUGGCCAAAACUCUUACCGGUGGACAUACUACAUCUUGGCCUACAGGAGAUAAGGACUAUUUGCUGAGCUCGCAUCUCACGUCUAGAUAUGUCAUCCUACAUCGCCUGGCUCUGCACAACUGGCUUCCAUCAGCUCAUUUCAACACAGUUGGCAAGCUUCUGGCAGGGUUCUUAUUUAGAAUUGGAACUAAGAUGCAGUGUGAUCUGGGCAAAUGGAUUUUUUAUCAUGUUCUAACUCUGAUUCAUCCCCGGGAACAGAAGGGUCUUAAGCCUAUGCCCAGCGAAGUGAUCAGUCCGACGCUGCUAUAUACUGUUGAUAAACGUCUUCUUUCUGGAGAUCAUAUUAAGGAUGUCGUUCCUGUGACUGCCCCAUCCAAUUCGGAACCUGAUGCUGUGAAUGAUGAGUCUCCUCAUGCUAAAGAUGUGAAGCUUUCCGAACAUUUGAAGGCGCGAGUUGCUGAUCUUGAGACGGUGCACGGUAUCAUUGCCAAGCAACUGAUGGGUGCGCGCACUGAGCUAGCUACUGUUCUUCUCCGCAUGAGCCUGUCUGAUACUGCUUCUGCUGCUGAGGAUCCCGUGAAGUCUGACUGUGACUCUCCCUCAAAUGCUUGA